AUGGGAAGUACUACCUCCUGCUGCGUGUCGUCAAGCCCAAAAAUCCGGAGAAAUGCGCACUCCCGCCUGGAGUCUGAGCCACCCGACACCGACCUGAGCCGCGAGGACACGGGAUACAACCUCCAGCACAUCAGCGACAGAGAGAACGUCGACGAGCUGAAUCUGGAGUGUAAUCCGUCUGACCACCCCCGCGCCAGCACUUUAUUCCUCAGCAAAUCACAGUCAGAUGUCGGGGAAAAGCGUCGGAGUCUCUAUGUUAACCAUCUUACACAUAUUGCGGAGUCAAAGAGACAUCUCUCUCUCUCUCUACAGCAGGGCACUAACAGACGUAAGCAUAGUUCCUGUUCCACCAUUUAUUUGGAUGAUAACACGGUUAGCCAACCUAACCUCAAAUUCACCAUCAAAUGUGUUACCCUGGCCAUAUAUUACCAUAUUAAGAACAGGGACAAAAAUGGCCGACAGCUGUUGGAUAUCUUCGAUGAGAAGCUACAUCCUCUAUCAAAGUGUGAGGUCCCUGAUGAUUACUAUAAGCAGGACCCAGAGCAGAGACAGAUUUACCGCUUUGUGAGGACACUGUUCAGCGCAGCUCAGCUCACUGCUGAGUGUGCAAUAGUCACGCUGGUAUAUCUGGAGAGGUUGUUGACGUAUGCAGAGAUUGAUAUUUGUCCAGCCAACUGGAAACGCAUCGUCCUGGGAGCCAUCUUGCUCGCGUCCAAAGUGUGGGAUGACCAGGCCGUCUGGAACGUCGACUACUGCCAGAUUCUUAAAGACAUCACAGUGGAGGACAUGAAUGAGCUGGAGAGAGAGUUCCUGGAGCUAUUGCAGUUCAACAUAAACGUGCCAUCCAGCGUUUAUGCCAAAUAUUACUUUGACCUGCGUUCUCUCGCUGAGGCCAACUGCCUCAACUGUCCCCCCGAACCCCUCAGCAGAGACCGGGCACAGAGACUAGAGGCGAUCUCGCGGUUGUGUGAUGAUAAGUUUAAGGAUGUGAAGCGUGCUAUACGUAAACGUUCGGCGAGUGUGGAUAACCUGGCCGCUGUCAGAUGGGUUCCUGCCAUACUCUCCUAA